UACAGAUCCGUCCGAAAUUAUCUUCCUCUUUAAGCGCUGCUAUUCCGCAUGAAACAGUCACAGAUGUAGCACAAAGAGUAAUAAAUUAGUAACUUUAACAUUUUUACAGCAAACUCCUUCUACGAACACUAUGCGGUUGAUUCGCCUCCUGUAGCAAGUUUGCCAUGGACACAGAGGAAGACCGUAAAGCUUCUUUUUGUCCGACUGACGAGGACAUUAACAAGUGGAUGGGCAGCGCUUUUGAGAUGGCCAAGGAGGCCCUGGACAUUGGAGAAGUUCCGGUUGGAUGUUUGAUGGUCUACAAGGAUGAAGUGGUGGGGAAGGGAAGGAACGAGGUCAACGAGACCAAAAACGCAACUCGGCAUGCAGAGAUGGUGGCCUUGGACCAGGUGCUGGACUGGUGUGGUCAUAACAAUCUGAACGUGAGGAGCGUGUGUGAACAAACAGUGUUGUAUGUCACCGUGGAGCCGUGCAUCAUGUGUGCUGCUGCUCUACGUCUCACGAACAUUCCCAUGGUGGUGUAUGGCUGCAGGAACGAGCGCUUUGGAGGCUGUGGUUCAGUCCUGGAUAUCUCCUCUGCAGACCUGCCUCAGACUGGAACAUCCUUCAGGGUAAGUGUGUCCUCCCCCUUCAUUUCGAUGUCAUGUUUAUGCCCACAUGCGUGCAUGUGUGUGUGUGAACAGUGUGUUUCAGGCCACAGAGCAGAAGAAGCUGUGGAGAUGUUGAAAAUGUUCUACAAGCAGCAGAACCCAAAUGGUGAUGGCAGAACUCUUGUUCCCUUCCACACUUUUGAACAGAGUGGAUAAAGCCACGAACAGUUUUAGGUAAUGUAUUUUUUUCUGUUUCAGCCCCUAAACCCAAAACCAGAAAGGAGUGAGCCGAAUUUUUAUGUACAUGUUGUAUUUUUUUCUACUUCUAUUUCCAAUAAAAUAUGCCAUAAUAAUGUACUGUCAGGUUUUUGUUUACUGUCGGUCCCCGUGUUGUGACAAGAGAACUAGUUACAUGCGCGCGGCGGAUGAAUACUUGUACAUUGACUAAUCUCAUGUAUGAGUAGACUUUCAAGGAGAUGCCAGCAGGGGGAGCUGCAGAUCAACGUUUUCUGUGUUGAGAAUAGUCCUUCCCGGAGCAUCUUGAUUGUAAUAGGAAGUGUUUGAUCAUGUGGACAUUUAUUUAAAUGAAGACUUAAAAAAAAAUGAACAUAUCGUUGCACAUAACAAAACGCUCGAUAGCAUGCAAAUAUAUGUUAAAUAAUGCAGAGUAUGUCACCUCAGAGCGGAGGUGGAGAUGUGCUAAUGAACACAGACACACACAAGGAAGGUGCUAAACGCUAAUGAACAGUGUGUGUGCGUGUUGAUUUUGGAGUAAGUGUAAAGUAAGAUGUCACACCGUGUAAAGGUGAGAACAGGAAAAUAAAGCAGCUAAGUACAGACUAGAGGAAAGUUCUGGGAGGAUCCAAAGACCACAGCUGACUUCACCUUUAUUUACAAGUUUAUUUAUCCAAGAAAGUUGACUUUGAUCCGUUUGGUAAAAGUUUCCAUGGAUAUCAAUCGCUGACCAGUUGUGAUCACAAAUAUUGUUUACGUGCAGAGUUCAUCAUUCUGUGUGUAUUUCUCCAUCAACAAGUAACAGAAUCCAAAUCUACUGCCCCCAGUAAUGUAGCUUGUAAGCUUGUAAGGACAUCUUGCCUUAUCAUUCAUUGUGUUGUCACUUUUGUGUGUUUUUGUUUGUUUACAAACAUUGGAACAUUCAAGUCUGUGCAUCAUCACAUGAGGAACAAUCACAAGAAUACUCAAAGGAAUAAGGAGGACAGGAAUAACAAAUAUCAAACUUGAAAAGCCCUCAUCCAGGGCGUUAAUGUGACGUAUGACUCUGUAUGUAUGUAGUUUGUCGCAAAUAAGGUUUGUCCAUGUUACCAGUGAACUUUGACCUAAGACCUUCCUUGAACUUGAGGCUUUGACCCGUCAAGACACGUGAAGACAAAGAAGGUAUCUGGUAAACAAAUGAGCGCUGCAGACAAAGGCUGUGUCUCAAAUUUAAAUAAGUAUACUGUGUAGACCGCGUACUUAGUUCACACUUACUUUCUUCUUCUCCCCUGUUUAAUGCUGAAUUGCAACCACUUGAGUUAGUAUCCAUCACUGCACACUUAACAAUUUGGAGUAUUUUGAGUUUAACACGUGUACUGACAGUCAGAGGAGUGCUGACCCACCAUGCCACCCCUUCUGAUAGUGUACUGCAUUUUGCCGUACUUGUGUGAUUGCAUUUAUUCAGUCAAGACCAAGUGUUAAGUACGCAAUUGUGCAUUUAUGCACUCAAAGUGUGCAAUGGAACAGCAAAUCAUACACUCAGGAACUAAGUACACAGUAUACUUAUUGAAGUGUACUGAUGGAAGUAUUCCCUUUGAGACAUGUCUAUUGCACUUUAAUUAAAAAAAAAAAAAAGGCAAAUGUCCUCUGUCAUUUUGUUUGUUUACAUGUCCCUCGUGUGUGGAUGAAGGUGAAUGGUAACAGUAUCUUGCAAAUCCACAGAGGGGUUCCUUGUGCUGUCCAGGUGGGCGGGGCUUAACCCGUCCUCAAUUGUGAUGCCGAGCCCUACUGCGAUACCCACCUGCACUCCAGAAGGUUCACUCACCUUUGACCUUUUCUGGCAGGGAAAGAGGUAGGUUUGAGGGGGACUUCCUAUCUAUGCAGGUGUGUGUGUGUGUGUGUGUGUGUGUGUAUACAUACCUGGGUCCGGCUGGUACCACACAUAGCUGUUGAGGAUCUCUCCAAGGAUGUAGAUGACGCAAAUAACAACAGUGAGCAUGCUGAAGAGGAGGACGCGUGACAGCGGCGUGAUGCGCUCCAAGACGGGGUAGACCCAAACGCCCGUCACAUGGUGGACCCAGCAAGUCCUGCACAGGAACCACAGCUUCAACAGAACCGGCACAGCGCACGCAAACUAACGUUUAACAUCUGAGUGAUUGUCCUACCACAGAAUGUACGCCACGCCGAAGCAGAACACGGCCACCAGACCACAUGACCUACCCGGGUAGCGAUGGUGGGUGGUCCGCAUCUCGAUGAUGAUGAAGGGCAGCACUGUGGUGUGCUGAGAGAAGCAAAAAGGUUGGUCAUUCACACCUUUCACUCAUGUUCAGAGAAGGUUCAUUUAUUUGUGGCGGCACCAUCCAUUUUCUAUGCCGCUUAUUCUAAUGAGGCUCGCGGGGGUAUGCUGUAGCCUAUCACAGCUGACUUUGGGCGGGAGGUGGGGUACACCCUGGACUGGUCGCCAGCCAAUCAUAUAUAGACAAAUCUACGGACAAUCAUGCAUGUUUUUGGAAUGUGGAGGAAACCGGAGUACCCGGAGAAAACGCAUGGGAGAACAUGCAAACUCAAGUGGAGAUUCACACAUUAUAAUGGGACUGUCUCUGUAGCCUGUUAUUCCAACUCGAUACAGUAGAAGUAUAUGGUAUUGUAACACACAUCAUUUGCACCUACCACAGAUGCAAAGUUCAUCAAUCAAACCUGUCUAUAGCAGCCACUAAAGGGAAACGACAAAAGUGGCCGUUAUAGGCAGGUGGCCGUUAUAGACAGGUUGGCUGCCAUUUUGAAUUUGUGCGCGCACAUAUUAACAUGUCUGUGAUGAGAAGCUUGUUGUGUUUGUUGAUUAUUUUUCGUGCAUGAAGUGUUACGGAUGCGUGUGCGGAGGACCACAGAAUGCGGAAGCAAAGUAAGUGGAUGGUAGUUCUUUAAUUGCUUUUCAGUGUGGAGGUAAUCACAGGAGUGAACUGUGGAGCUUGUGGAGCCCCAGAGUAAAAGGUUCAAAAACACAAGAGAAUUUGCAAACGGCUAGGUCAAGGGACAACUGGAACACCCAGCUGUGGAGACGCCGAAUCUGGAAGGGCUUGAGCGAUUUGGUGAGCCGCGAGUGCGUAGACUUGAGUUGUCAUGAA